UCCACGUUACCGGCAUAAUGUGUGUUGUUCGGCGACGGAGUCAUAUAAAAUUUUCAUUUGAUUCGUUACAGUAAUUUGUUGUUACCGGCCAUUAAUUUUGAACGGAUUUCUGUUUGUUUUUUGAUAUUUACCAAUUAGCAUGAGUGUUCGAUUCAAAGGAAUAUCUUGUAACAAAUGGUCUCUAUUUUAAUUUGAAUUUUCAAAAUCAAGUGCUUUUUAUGCUUCACUAAAUAUCAGAAAAAUUGUAUUUUCAAAAUAACAUAUUUUAAGAAUCGGAUAAAAUGGAAGAGUGGUUGAAAAUCACACUGUGUGUAAGUUUGUUUGCAACUUUUCGGGACUUUCGACCAGUGGAUUCAUUUUAUACAUCAUAUUUAACCAGCCCAGCCGUAAAUUUUACUGCUGAGCAAGUGACCGAAGAUAUUUAUCCAAUAAAUUCUUAUGCAACUACAAGUUUAGUAAUUAUUAUGUUUCUUAUCACAGACUAUGUGCUUUACAAACCAAUUGUGAUGUUGGACGCGUUUAGUUCGAUUGUGAUGUUUUUAUUAGUUUUGGAACCUGUAACACUCUUUAAAUCAAAACUGAGUAUGGCAUGUUUGGGUUUAACGUCUGCGUCCGAACUGGCAUAUAUGUCUUAUGCAUAUGCAAAGGUCCGUGACCGUAGGUUAUACCAAAAGAUGACAGGAAUCGUUAGAGGUUCAAAUCUUAUGGGUAAAUGUUUAUCGUCCACAUUUGCUCAAAUUGCUGUUUCAUUUUUACACAUUGAGUAUGGAUUACUUGUGUAUAUUUCAUUAGCGGGUUCAUGUGUAGCAUUUUUUGUUACAUUUUUUUUUCCAUCAGUAAAUUCAAGUAUUUAUUUCCAUCCCGAAAGUCCAAUUGCUACAAAAUCAAAAGUCAACUACAAUACAUUCCAUAAUAAAUAUCAUAAAGAGCUUGGACCGUGUUUCGUUGAAAAAUCUCCAAAGCCCGUCCGAGUAGUAUUGGAUCAGUUGUACUCAGAAUUAAGGGACGCGUACACCAAUCCGUAUUUACUCAAAUACGGCGUGUGGUUUGCUUUUGCCACCGGAGUCUAUUUCCAGGUGUUGACGUAUAAUGACGUUCUUUAUUUGGAAUUGAACGAACGUAAUCCAGUUGACAACAAGUUGUACAACGGCGGAGUCGACGCUUUGGCUUUUAUAAGUGGAGCAUUGUCUUCAUACUGCAUAGGAUUUCUGAAAGUUGAUUGGAAAUCCACAAGUAAUUUAUUCCUUUUCGUCGGUUCACUUUUAAGCUGCAUUACGCUGUGUCUUUGUUAUGUGACUACAUCAUUAAAUUUGGUGUACAUAAUGUACAUAAUAUUCUGUUUCGUAUUUCAAUCAAUGAAUGUUGUGGCCAGGUCCGAAACAGCUAAACAUUUAAAGCAUGACAGUUUUGCUUUUAUUUUUGGUGUCGUAUUUUUUAUUUCAUUAUUGGUGUCGAGCAUCAUUACAUAUUUAUUUGUUCAAGGUACUAUUAUUUCAAUUCCAGUAGAUGUACAGGAGGAUGUGUGUUUUUUGUGUCUAUCAUUACGUUCCAGAGCAGAAAAUUUGCUUCAAUCAAAAUGUUUUAAGUUUCCAAGUCGCCGUCGCGAAACGAGUCCCCGAAGAAUUGUUAUUCGGCACAGGUAUUUAGCAUGUGUUUAUUUUUCUUGGCUCUCGGUAUUUUCAUCAUUUAUCCCCCCCAAUGGAGUGGUCCCAAAUGACCGGCGACGUGGACCGAUGCCAGUGUACGUUCCGAUUACACCGAUUCAGACGCAUCACGGAUGAUCUCGAAAAAUUCUUAUACAGAAUGUCAUUUCACGUGUGGCUGGACGCAAAAAUAAUAAUAUCGCCGCGACCGCGAAACAGAAAACGUUUCACGUAGUAUUGACGUAUUGCACACAUUAAUGCCGGAAGUAUUGGAAUAUCCACUGGAAAUAAAAAAUACACGAACACAAAAUAUAAUUAUAUCUCAUUGUUGCAACGCAUCAUCAUCAACGGCGUAACACAAAUUGCGUUCUGAUUCUCUGAACUAGAAGCACGUUAUAAUGAAUCGUAUAUGAGACCAAUGCGCAACUACGGGUACUCAUUAUAUUGAUGUUAUCUAAAUAUUGAUUUUUUAUCGGUCAGCAAUGUUUUUAUGGGAAAUGCGCGAGUAGGGGGUUUAUCUAUUUUCUGUGACAUAAUUUAAAAAAAUGUACUCUGACGUUAAUAAUUAAAAAACAAUAAAAUUUGACCACCGUUCACUGAUAUUCGGUAAUCGAUAUGGAAUUAUAUUUUACAUUUAUUAGAUACAGUCGUGUUUACAUGAUUUGUAAUAAUUCGUUAGUUUAUUAAAUUUUUUUUUAUUUUUUUAUUUUUUAUACAAUCUAUACAGUGUUAAGUAUAAUAAGCAUAAUAGAUAUAGUUAUAAAAAGAAAUACAAUUUAACAGAAGGGCUUGAGUGGAGAAGCCGCCCACUGGCGACACUCCGGAUAUUAAAAUUAAUUUUCCUUUCCGUUUAUCUGCUAGACUGAUAUACAAUUAUACAUUAUACAAGUUAAUUUUGAUAACAGAGACAUUAUGCGACAAUAUAAUAUUAUAUAGGUAAAUGAUACUCUACGUAAAACCGUCAAUAUACACUUCAUAAAAUAUUAAACAUGACAUAGUUCAUUACGUAAAAACGAAACACUAGAUUCCAAUUAUACCCGUUAAAAUUUUCAGA